UAUUGGCUCACGACCAUCACAACGAAGUUUUACGACGACUGUCUAGACUCUUAUAAACCUCUUACGCGCUUUUCUUUGGCUCAAUAUAUGCCAUAGCUAUACAACUUUUACUUGAAAACCCCACAAAAAUCAACCACACGUUCAACCCUCACUCGUUUAUCCACAAUCGCCCCCGAUGUACCGAUUUCUCUUCAUGGCCCUGGCUUUGGCAUUUGUAGCGCUGGAUGCUUUUACAGCUGUCCAAGCUACUCUAUAUGUUAUUCAACCUUCAGCAGGUUCCACUUGCAGUGGUGGAUCUCCCUGUACCGUGCAAUGGCUGGACGACGGUACAACUCCUCUCAACUCGAACAUCGGUGUCACAACUUGUGGUCUUUAUACAGGAGACAUGCAACUCGUGCAAACCAUCGACCCAGUAGAUGUGUCAAGCACUCAGUCGUUAGUGUUCACCCCCAUAUCCGAUGCAGGACCUGAUUCUAGCGAUUAUUACAUCGCGUUCACCUCUACAAACCUUGAAAUAAAUGGCACGAAAUACACCAGCUAUUCGUCCUUUUUCAGCCUCAACAAUAUGACCGGCUCCUUCUCUUCGUCUGUUGCCUCUGCGACAUCUUCUAUCCCUAUCCCGUCUUCACUUACCGGAUCGAGUGCGUAUAGUGAAACUGGUGUUCUAUCUACAGUCACUGUUGGAACAAUCACGACGUCGUCGUCUACUGCAGGUAGUUCAUCGGCAACCGCAACGAUAGCGUCUUCCUCUAAAUUUUCUACUUCACGAUCAUCGUCUGCAACGUCUAGCGGUUCAGUUUCUGCCUCUAGUGGGGCUUCCGCGUCUAGCUCAACGGCAUCCGGUGCAACGUCUUCAAAUGGUGCGGUACCUCUGCGAACUGCAUCUCUGACAUUCUUUGGUGUCCUUUCCUUUACUCUCGUUUUGUUUUUGUAAAUUGCAUCUGGCAUCUGUCCAUCGCGUUACCACUCAUCAUUUUAUUCGAUGCUUGGAUUGUUGUUCCGCUAUCUUUAUCCACUUUCUUCCGUGAUACCUUGGCGA